AGAGAGAGAGAUCGAAGUCUCCGGGCAUCUGUUUGAUACCACAUUCAAAAGAGGCUAUUUAUAGAUCCCUGUAACCCUUCACGUUUCAUGGUCAGCUCAUUUCACAACAUUUAAUUGUCUGUAUUUGCUCUUUCCCAUAUCUGUUAUUUCUCACAGCCUACACAGCGUAUGCAUUAAGUGUGAUAAUAUUUAGAUAGGUUGAUUCAAUGGAUCCUCUCUGCACAAGAGACAAGACAGCUCUAAUCUGAAGCCUUCAUGUAAUCUCUGUUCAGGUAACAUGCAGGCUUCUAAACGCCUGACCCUAUCACAGGAGAGAUGAGGCACCUAGAUGUUGGUUUACCAUGUGUAGCGUCCACUACAACCACUCCCUUGCUGCCAUGAGCGGAAACGACAUGAUGGCGCACUCUCUGACUCUGGAGCAGAAGACAGCAUUUGCCUUUGUGGGAAUGCUACUGGUGUUCCUGGGGCUGCUGAUAGUAAGGUGUUUCAGGAUCCUGCUGGACCCCUACAGCAGUAUGCCCUCCUCCAACUGGGCUGAUGGCAUCGAGGGGCUGGAGAAAGGGACGUUUGAGUACGCCCUUACUUAACACAGGGACACACACAUCCAUGGAUGUCCUCAUAAACAGAAAUGCCUAUAGACACACACAUACAUACACACAGACACGAACACAAACACGCAAACACACACACAAGCCACAGCCCUGCACAACCAUUGCACCCGACACACCAUUAAGACACAUCUCUGUGACGGACCGAACUAAGAGACUGAAGCUGUGUAUGUCGUUCUAUGUGUGUGCACUUUUAGUUCAGAGCCAGUGUGGAGUCUGUCUUCUGUAUGUGACUACAUGUCUGUUGUUGUGUGCGUCUGAGCGCGUUUGAUGCAGAUGCUAUAUCAUAUUCUUUGCCCUUCUGCCAGGGGGUGUGCAUUUCAGCUCAUCGAUUUACACAGAAAUGGCUGAAGCUCCCUUUAACCCACACCUACAAGUUGAAUGUCUUUAGAUAAUGAGAGGCGGAUGCUCAUGGGACAGGGUGGGGAAUUAGGAUGCAGUGGAAUUAUUCAGAUGUAGUUUGAAGACUCAGGGAUAAGAAUCCUUAUGUGAACUCAGAGUGGAAAACAGACUGGUUGCACCUCUGCACAGCAGAGCUGUUCUGCACAGGAAUGUGUAUGGUUGGAUACAGGGUAUUAUGUGAAGCUAGUGCUUUGUGGACUAAUCAAAUCCAAUCUGUUGGUCAUCCAAAGGAAUGCUGCUGCUGCUGUGUGUGUACAGGUUGGUCUUUUCCGUGGCAAUGAAAGGAAACUGAACAAACUGUGAUUUAAAUUAUGGUGUUACUGUUUCUAAAUGAUGCAAAAACAACUCUCAGAGUUUGUACUGCUGCUGUGUUUGAGUGAUGGUUUACUGUAUGUUGCCACAAUUACAUGUCUGAGGGAAAGAACGAACAACUCUUUACGUUUGACAGUAUGUCUGCAAAGAUUUAUGGACUGUCUAUUGUUCCGUCUGUCAAGCAUUCUGUCUAAAGGUUGGCUGAUGCGAUCAAGCCAAAGAACUUUUAAGAGAAAUGAGGACUGGAAACUAGGAAGGACUCUCUCGCUCAGCGCUGCUGGUUUUCUAAUGACAAGGAUAAACUCUCACUACCUGUCUGCAGAGGAAAAGGUCACAUGGAAAACAAGGGUGGGAUGUCUGUCAGCACUGGACGUGAACAUCUUUUUCCUCCUAUUCCCAGCCAUUCUCACCCUUUCUCACCUGCUCUCUUCCUUCCAGACAGAGGAAGACAGAACAGUCCUGAACAGAGAUUCUGUAAAACGGCAGACUGGUCAAAGUCUUGAGUGUUCCUUUUGCUAAUUUCUACGGUCUACGGUUUCUCCUUAGUGCUGUGAAUCUGCCUUACUGUGACCUUCAAUGGGUUUAUGUGCCUUCAUCUAGAAACAUUAGAGCACCUGUUUGUGUGUGUGCAUGUGUGUGUGCGUGUGCGAGCGAGUGUGGCAUAUCAUGAUGACAGAUAGUAUGUCUCCUGACCUGUUGCUUGCUCAGCUGGUGGUAGAGAUUUCUCAUUGAUAUAGAUUUGAUUCAAUAAUGUGAAAUAAAUAGAAUUUCUUCAAUU